AUGAGGGAUGUACACGCGUUCGAGGAUACACUUGAGAGGCCACACCACUGUCCUUCAUGGAGGUUAGGUGUAUUAUUUCUUGAAGUUGUAUGCACGCUGAGCUUAUGUGCUCCUUCUUUUUUUUCGUUUUUUAUUCCCCUCGGCGGUAUAACAAUACACACCUGUGGCCAAAGGGCCAUGAUAAAGGAGGGGGGAAAUGAGGUCGGUAGUCUCGGAUGGGCCGAAUCACAAGCCGUUUCCCUUGUUGCAACCGGGGAUCUGGACGGGUGGAGGAUUUUCGUUCAGCAGCAUCUUGAAGGAGCUGCGAGAGCCGACAUUUGGGCGGUGGUCGCUGCUCGCUCCUUCAAUAUUUUGAAGGAAAUGGUAAUUACGUCGCCACAUUGCGCUCCCUUUGCCCUCGAAGCGGGAAUUGUGUUGUUAGGUGCACACAGUCGCUGUAGUACUGGAGCAAGCCCCACAAUUUUUGCGAUGCGCGAGGCCGUUGCCGAGUGGUGCGUGCUUGCAGGCAACGAACGUCUAGCGCAACAGACAUGGUGCUCCAUGCUCCCAGCAAAGGAUGAUGUAGUAUCGCUCGAAAUCGUGACAAAAAUCCUCAGCAGCGCGCUUCGUACACGCGAUUAUGCAGUGGCGGAGGCAGAGUACCCGCGUGGAAUCUCACUCUACAAGGCCCUUUCGGAGGAUCCUACUGCGGCUACCGCCGUAAAUGGAUUUUUGUAUUACCUCGGCACGGUCUUGAUGGCAUGGCAUCGUUUUACUGAUGCCUCAUUGCGUUUCGCUGAGCUGUAUGAACGGACCAAAGAUGCCACACAUCUUCAACUUGCGGUUGUGUCCGUCAUACAAUCAGAUGCUAGUCCAGUACGUACACGGCGGCUCCGCGUUUAUCAGAAGGACGAAAACGCGUUGCUUCUCGGUGAUUUGCAGGCCAUACUCAACCGGGCAGCCCAGUUGCAUCUGUUGCGGCCCUCCGAACUGCAGUGUUUUCUUCAAUUGGCAGGGCUGUCGUCUGACGAUGACGUUGCCGCGGCCAAAGAAGCUUUCGCGCAGCACAAUCUCGAGGUAGUUUCUCAGAUGUACUGCAAUGCUACUUUUGAGCGGCUUGGAGUUGUUAUCGGCAUUACCCCUGCCGAUGUAGAACGACUCGUGUCUCGGAUGGUUUCGGAACAUAGACUGGACGCCAGGCUUGACCAAGUGGACGAGGUAGUGAUAUUUAACCGGCUGAAGCGCACCUCAGUGUUAGAGGACUGGGAUGGGAGGAUCAGCAUCAUCUCUAAGGAGCUGUCGCAUGCCGUGGAUCUUAUCACUGGUCGUUACCCAGAGCUAUGUGAAAGUCCCCUAUUGUGA